AUGCGUGAGUUACAAGAAGGGAACAGUGAAAUAGCCGCCGGAGUUUAGGUUACUCAUAUCAGUAAGUGGUGUCACAGAUUUAGAUAAAGCACAACAUUUUUUAUGUAGGCUUAUUGUCAACAUAAUUACCCAUCGCUUCACUAAAAUUGAUCAACGGCUGAUAGGCUAUGGACAGGUUGCGUUUAUGUGUUUCUAUUUUUUAAUGGUUGUCAAUUUCAUCUUCAUAGCCUAGGCCUACAGUGCUUUCAGAAAGUAUUCAUACCCUUGACUUUUUCCACAUUUUGUUGUGUUACAGCCUGAAUAAUUUUUUUAUUCAAUUUAGAUUUUGUCCCACUGAUUUACACACAAUACCACACGAUGCAAAGCAGAAUUUUGUUUUUAGAAAUGUUUUGAAAUUAAUAAAAAAUGUAAAGCUAAAAUGUCUUUAGUCAAUAAGUAUUCAACCUCUUUGUUAUGGCAAGCCUAAAUACAUUCAGGAGUAAAAAUGUGCUUAAGUCACAUAAGUUGCAUGGACUAUGUGUUCAAUAAUAGUGGUUAACAUGAUUUUUGAAUGAUUACCACAUCUCUGUACUCCACACAUACAAUUAUCUGUAAAGGUCCCUCAGUCGAGUAAUGAAUUUCAAGCACAGGUUCAAGCACAAAGACCAGGGAGGUUUUUGGCUAAUAGAUACACAUUUUCAUCCUGAAUACAAAGCAUUAUGUUUGGGGCAAAUCCAACAACACAUCACUGAGUACCACUUCAUAUUUUCAAGCAUGGUGGUGGCUGCAUCAUGUUAUAGCAAUGCUCGUCAUCGGCAAGGACUAGGGAGUUAUUUUUGUUUGUAUAAAAAGAAACAGAAUAGAGCUGAGCACAAGCAAAAUCCUAGAGGAAAACCUGGUUCAGUCUGCUUUCCAACAGACACUGGGAGACAAAUGCACCUUUCAGCAGGACAAUAACCUAAAACUCAAGGCCAAAUAUACACAGGAGUUGCUUACCAAGACAACAUUGAAUGUUCUUGAGUGGCCUAGUUACAGUUUUGACUUAAAUCGACUUGAAAAUGGAUGUCGAGCAAUGAUCAACAACCGACUUGACAGAGCUUGAAGAGUUUAAAAACGAAUAAUGGACAAAUAUUGUACAAUGCAGGUAUGCAAAGCUCUUAGAGACUUACCCCAAAAUACUCACAGCUGUAAUCGUUUGCCAAAGGUGAUUCUAACAUGUAUUGACUAUAUCUAAUAAAAAAUAAUAAAACAAUAUUUCACUUUGAUAUAAGCGUAUUUUGUGUAGAUCGUAAAAAAAAAUACAUUUAAAUCCAUUAUAAUCACAAUUUGUAAUACAAGAAAAUGUGGAAAAGGUCAAGGGGUGUGAAUAUUUCCUGAAGGCAUUGUAUAUCACAGCUGUUUCUAUCUUCCCCUUAAAACUGCAUGUUGGCUUGUAAGUAAGCAUUUCAUGGUACGGUCUACACCUGUUGUAUUCGACGCAAUUUGAUUUGAACUUUCUUCCUCAAUUUAUAGGAUAGGCUACAUUGAUUUAGCAUUAUCCUAUAAUGUAGACUCGUUUUUGGUAUCCUACAGAAAGGAUUUAAAGCUAAGGCAAGGUUUUCGGGGAAGGGAGAAAUUUGAUUUGCUUAUGUGUCUGAGUGAGAUGCGUUGCAGGUGGCUUUGAUUGAUGGGUCCUUUUAGGUGGGUGUGUGUGCUAAUUCUCUCUAUGUCCAUUCAGAAAGUUUCCUGAAAUAGGCCUAGCCUGUCUGGACUCUGACCUUGCAGUGGUCCAGAGAAACUGCACUACGGGAGUGAUGCUGGUGUAAUAAUUACAUAACCAACGUUCUAGUAAUAGUCCGUUCCUAAUAGGGCUUAUGAUAAGAAUAUCUAUCAGGCCUAAUAGUAGGCUAUAACCAGUUGAUCAAUCGAUUCAAGUUGGAAUUUCAGCAACAUAAUAAUGAAGACAUUGAUUUGACGUGGGAGAAUGAUCCCAACUACAUAUAGGCUAGAUGAUGAUGAUACAUUGUUAGAUAGGUCUACAGUGGAUUGAUGCAUGUUACAUCAUUACUAUUGGAUUGCAUAAUUGCCAUGGUGUUUAUGCCUAUAUCCAAUGCAAUGGUCUACAAUAUAGUCUACAGUUGCCAGCAGUAGGCUUACCGUGUAAGAGGAAGACACAAUUCUUUUUAACCUAAAGUAAAGACAAUCUAAUCAAAAUUGUAUGAGUUGACCCUCCCGCAGUUGAGAGGCUUAUGGUAUUAUAAUAGCCUGCAGAUGAACAAUACAGCUCAAUGCUAUUUUCUAAGACGCAGGUGUCACGCAGACGUUAGUCAGGUGUUGGUAUCGCGACAUGCCAGUCAGAUCUUCAAUGGUAGGCGACAGUAGCGCAUUUGUCUCAUUAUUGUCUCUUUUCACCCUCGAUAGACAUAAUGUUUUAUUGACAUAAUUGUAAUACAAACCCAACCUUCAUUUACUCGUCGUGACGCACUCAGGUUCCAAACUCAGUUUUAGACGAGACUGACUUUAUUACCAAAAUUAUCCUGUUACACUUUGUAGUACAUUUUGACAAUAGAAUAAAUUUUUUCUGACUCAUGUCAAAGGGAUUAGUUGUUUUUUAGUGGCAGUCGCUCUUUAAAUACAUUUCAUUUUGUUCUCAAAACUUUUAAUUGAAAUACUGUAGAAUUCCAUUCAUUCCUAUGGAGGACUGCUCCUUCUGAGGAGUACUAAUAUGGCCGACCGGUGGCUUUUAAGCCUCUCAUUGGCCAAUACAUAGCAUCAGCAAUCCAGGGUUUAUAUACUGUACAUCAUUGAUUUUACCUCAAAUAUUCCAUGGGAAACUCAUGGGAGUUAAUACAGUCAAUUAAAAAAAUGGUCUGCAUUCUUUCAAGGUCUAGAACUUAAUGGGCAUCACAUAAUAGUCAUUCCCCAUUCCUACUCUUUUGAAAAACUCCAAGGCCACUGUCAUUGUCUGAAAUGAGCUAGGUGUCAAAGCGCUGUGUGAACAGUUUCGUCUGACGCAAGCACAUCAAUUAUCUUCAGGAAAUUUACCUUUUCAUCUGUCCUCCUUCCCUCUCCACUAAAGGACGAGAGGCUGACGGUGACGCGGGCAGCUCCUGUCAAUGGGACACCCGCCAUUCUGCACUUCCACUACCAACUGAGUGAGCGCCGCGCGGCCUGCUGGGAAACAGCCCUCUCCUCGGACAGCCUCUUUCUGGAGAUCGCCGCUGGGGCACUGGCGGAGGGCAGCAAAGAGGGGUAAGCAUAGGCACACAAACAGACAGGCAGACAGACAGGCAUACAGACAGACAGACAGGCAGGGUGUUACAUGCAGCUCUGAGACACAUAUCCCCUUGUUAAGACCUACCAGCAUGCCUGCAGACACCCAUUACAGAAAUGUUGGAUGACCUGUGUCACACUCUGGCUCUGGGCACUCUAUAUGUUGAGCCAGGGUGUGUAAGUUCUAUGUGUUUUUGUUCUAUGGUGUAUUCUAUGGGUGCUAUUUCUAAGUUGGCCAGAGUGGCUCCCAAUCAGAGGCAACGAGUGUCAGCUGUUGCGGGUUGUCUCUGAUUGGGAGCCAUAUUUAAACUGUCUGUUUUCCCUUUGUGUUUGUGGGAUCUUGUUCCAGUGUGGUUUGUGUAGACGUCACGUUAUCGUUUGUUGUUUUGUUUCGUGGAAUCACUAAAUAAAAAGUAUGUUCGCAUUCAACGCUGCGCCUUGGUCCUCUGUUCCCGACGAACGUGAAAGAAGAUCCCACCAAAACUGGACCAAGCAGCGUGUCCAGGAGCCAUCGCCAGGGGAAUCUCUAGCGGAUCGCCUUUGCAACUUCGAAUGGGCCAAGCCAAGUGAAGAGCAGAGAGGUUGGACUUUGGAGCAGUGGGGUGAGAGUCUGGCGAAAAGUAUGGAGACCUGGUCCACGGGUAGGAGGCAACCCCAAAAUAUUUUUAGGGGGGGGCACACGGCAUGGGCGACUGGGCAGCAGGAGGCUGCCACAGGGCGAUUUGGGAGGUUAGCAGAGGAGGCCGCCAGGUUACGGGGGCCACUGGUCAAAGAAGGGAAGGAAGGUGUAGAGGCACGGCGAGAGGUACUGGGGUGUGUUACCAGUCCGGUCCGGCCCGUUCCAGAUCCCGGUGUAGGGCCAGUGGUGUGUCCCCAGUACGGUCCGGUCUGUUCCUGCUCCCCGCACCAAGUGUACGGUGCGCGUCGCCAGCCCGGCCCGGCCUGUUCCUGCCACUCGCACCAAGCCUACGGUGCGCGUCGCCAGCCCGACCCGGCCUGUUCCUGCCACUCGCACCAAGCCUACGGUGCGCGUCGCCAGCCCGGCCCGGCCUGUUCCUGCCACUCGCACCAAGCCUACGGUGCGCGUCGCCAGCCUAGUAAGGCCCGUUCCUGCUCCACGCACCAAGACAGGGGUGCGCAUCGUCAGCCCGGUCCGGCCCGUUGCUGCUCCACGCACCAAGCCAGGGGUGCGAGUCGUCAGCCCGGUAAGGCCCGUUCCGGCUCCACGCACCAAGCCAGGGGUGCGCAUUGUCAGCCCGGUCCGGCCCGUUGCUGCUCCACGCACCAAGCCAGGGGUGCGCAUCGUCAGCCCGGUCCGGCCCGUAGCUGCUCCACGCACCAAGCCAGGGGUGCGCAUCGUCAGCCCGGUCCGGCCCGUUCCUGCUCCACGCACCAAGCCAGGGGUGUGCGUCGUCAGUCCGGCACAACCCGUGCCUGGGUCACCGGUGCCUGGUCAGGUACCGGUCAGCUGCUCCACACUGGAGCUGAAGCUAUCCGCUCCUACGAUGUCCAGUUCAGCUCCAGACAGCGGGGCCAGACCGGACCAGGGGCGCUACGGGGGGAUUAUUAGAGGGUUGUGGUCUAGCCCGGAGCCGGAACCGCCUCCGAGGAGGAAUGCCCACCCAGCCCUCCCCUGGUUUGUUGAUGUUCAGGCGCGGUCGCAGUCCGCGCCUUUGGGGGGGGGUACUGUCACACCCUGGCUCUGGGGACUCUAUAUGUUGAGCCAGGGUGUGUAAGUUCUAUGUGUUUUUGUUCUAUGGUGUAUUCUAUGGGUGCUAUUUCUAUGUUGGCCAGAGUGGCUCCCAAUCAGAGGCAACGAGUGUCAGCUGUUGCGGGUUGUCUCUGAUUGGGAGCCAUAUUUAAACUGUCUGUUUUCCCUUUGUGUUCGUGGGAUCUUGUUCCAGUGUGGUUUGUGUAGACGUCACGUUAUCGUUUGUUGUUUUGUUUCGUGGAAUCACUAAAUAAAAAGUAUGUUCGCAUUCAACGCCUUGGUCCUCUGUUCCCGACGAACGUGACAACCUGUUAGGUUACUAAUUUCACAUGCAAGUUAUACUCUGACAACAUUGAUAGUAUAAGGACAAUGGACUUUUCGUUAUAAUUUUUUUAAUUUGUAUUUAAUUCUAAGUAAGUCACAGCUUAUAUGUGCAAUUUAUAAACUAUAAUGAUUUAAUACAACUCAAUGUUUAAAUGCUGAGCACUUAAUGUCCCUGCCUGCCUAGUGUGUCGCACUCGCAAAUGCUUCACUCGGACUGACAAUGGCUGCCUUUUGUAACUUAUUGUGUACAUAAUGUUGCUGCUACUGUCUCUUAUGAUCGAAGAGAGCUUCUGGACACCAGAACAGCGAUUACUCACCUUGAACUGGAUGAAUAAUUUUUCUUUAAUGAGUCGGACGAGAGGGAUUUGCUCCAGACACCCGACAGGGCCCUCAUCCCCGUCAUUCGCAGUAGAAAGAGACGGCGAUAUCCUGGAAGGAGAUCGGGGUGCCUGGUAAGGAGCCGGCGACGAGUGGAUAAUCUGCCUUUGCCAUCGGUACUAUUAGCCAACGUACAAUCGCUUGAUAAUAAAGUGGACGAACUACAAGCACGUAUAUCCUACCAACGGGACAUUCAAAACUGUAAUAUCUUAUGUUUCACCGAAUCGUGGCUGAACGACGACAUGAAUAACAUACAGCUGGCGGGUUAUACACUGUAUCGGCAGGAUAGAACAGCAUCCUUUGGUAAGAUAAGGGGUGGCGGUCUAUGUAUAUUGGUAAACAACAGCUGGUGCACGAUAUCUAAGGAAGUCUCGAGGUUUUGCUCGCCUGAGAUAGAGUUUCUCAUGAUAACCUGUAGACCACACUAUCUACCAAUAGAGUUUUCAUCUAUAUUCUUCGUAGCUGUUUAUUUACCACCACAAACCGAUGCAGGCAUUAAGAUCGCACUCAAUGAGCUGUAUACGGCCAUAGGCAAACAGGAAAACGCUCAUCCAGAGGCGGCGCUCCUAGUGGCCGGGGACUUUAAUGCAGGGAAACUUAAAUCCGUUUUACCUCAUUUCUACCAGCAUGUUAAAUGUGCAACCAGAGGGAAAAAUACUUUAGACCACCUUUACUCCACACACAGAGAUGUGUACAAAGCUCUCCCUCGCCCUCCAUUUGGCAAAUCUGACCAUAAUUAUAUCCUCCUGAUUCCUGCUUACAAGCAAAAACUAAAGCAGGAAGCACCAGUGACUCGGUCAAUAAAAGUGGUCAGAUGAAGCAGAUGCUAAGCUACAGGACUGUUUUGCUAGCACAGACUGGAAUAUGAUCCGGGAUUCUUCCGAUGGCAUUGAGAAGUGCACCACAUCAGUCACUGGCUUCAUCAAUAAGUGCAUCGAUGGCGUCGUCCCCACAGUGACUGUACGUACAUACCCCAACCAGAAGCCAUGGAUUACAGGCAACAUCCGCACUGAGCUAAAGGGUAGAGCUGGACUCUAACCCGGAAGCUUAUAAGAAAUCCCGCCAUGCACACGACGAACCAUCAAACAGGCAAAGAGUCAAUACAGGACUAAGAUUGAAUCGUACUACACCGGCUCCGACGCUCGUCAGAUGUGGCAGGGCUUGCAAACUAUUACAGACUACAAAGGGAAGCACAGCUGCGAGCUGCCCAGUGACACGAGCCUACCAGACGAGCUAAAUCACUUAUAUGCUCGCUUCAAGGCAUGUAACACUGAAACAUGCAUGAGAGCAUCAGCUGUUCCGGACGAUUGUGUGAUCACGCUCUCCGUAGCCGAAUAAGACCUUUAAACGGGUCAACAUUCACAAGGCCACAGGGCCAGACGGAUUACCAGGACGUGUACUCCGAGCAUGCACGGACCAACUGGCAAGUGUCUUAACUGACAUUUUCAACCGCUCGCUGUCUGAGUCUGUAAUACCAACAUGUUUCAAGCAGACCACCAUAGUACGAAAAAUAUAAAUUUAUGCACUCACUAACUGUAAGUCACUCUGGAUAAGAGCGUUUGCUAAAUGACUAAAAUGUAAAAUGUAAAAUAGUCCCUGUGCCCAAGAACACUAAGGUAACCUGCCUAAAUGACUACCAACCCAUAGCACUCACGUCUGUAGCCAUGAAGUGCUUUGAAAGGCUGGUCAUGGCUCAAUUUUUUAAUAAUGGAUUUAAUGGUGCUCCAUGGGAUGUUCAAAGUUUCAGAUAUUCUUUUAAUAACCCAACCCUGAUCUGUACUUCUCCACAACUUUGUCCCUGACCUGUUUGGAGAGCUCCUUGGUCUUCAUGGUGCCGCUUGCUUGGUGGUGCCCCUGCUUAGUGGUCUUGCAGGCCUUUCAGAACAGGUGUAUAUAUACUGAGAUCAUGUGACACUUAGAUUGCACACAGGUGGGCUUUAUUUAACUAAUUAUAUGACUUCUGAAGGUAAUUGGUUGCACCAGAUCUUAUUUAGGGGCUUCAUAGCAACGGGGGUGAAUACAUAUGCACGCACCAUUUUUCCAUUAUUAAUUUUUUAUUAUUAUUUGAAACAAGUUAUUUUUUUUUGUAUGUCAAUUACAUGGAAUCCAAAUAAAAAUCCAUUUAAAUUACAGGUUGUAAUGCAACAAAAUAAGAAAAACGCCAAGGGGGAUGAAUACUUUUGCAAGGCACUGUAUGUCCCUUACAUAUGACUAAUAAAACUUGAAACAAUGUAUUUCAGGGAGGCUAUUAUCUCUCUCUAGUCCAGUGUUUCCCAACUCCGGUCCUCGAGUACCCCCAACAGCACACAUUUUUGUUGUAGCCCCGGACAAAAACACCUGAUUCAUUCAACUUGUCAAGGGCUUGAUCAAUAGUUGACAAGUAGAAUCAGGUGUGCUUCUACUUGUCAACGGGGCCACUACAAAAAUAUGUACUGUUGGGGGUACUCGAGGACCGGGGUUGGGAAACACUGUGUCUAGUCCAUUCCGCUUAUGAAUAGAAAUGAGCCGUAAUGGGAGAGCCAUUAUGCUACGUCGUCAUGUAAUAUGUUGUCAGUGUCAGGUCAAUAUCAUCUUCGCACAGUGCCAACACCGUCUCAGCGGCUCCUCCAAUACUGCAGUGCUAACGAGCUGCAACUGCAUUAUUAUGUAAGGCUAUUCUCUUAUGUAAAAACUAACAGUGCAUCAUCUCUUUCUCUCCCCCUUGUCUUUCUCCCCAGGCUCACCAGCCUGCUGGAGUUUGCUGAGGAGAAGCUGAAUGUCAACUACGUGUUAUUGUGGUUUGAUAGAGCCAGAGAGGAUAGAUGUAAGUGCUCCACUAUUUAGUGCAGGGUUCUUCAAUUCCGGUCCUGGAGGGCCGAAACACCUCUGUUUUUCAUCCUCUCCUUCUAAUCAGGGGCUAAUUCAGACCUGGGACACCAGGUGAGUGCAAUUAACUACCAGGUAGAAAUAAAAAACUGAAGUGUUUUGGCCCUCCAGGACCGGAAUUGAAGAACCCUGAUUUAGUGCUUGCUCUUUGUUUUGCCCAAAACUGUCAGAUAUUCAUCAAGGCAUGGCUGUCAGUAGGUAAGGAAGAGGAGUUAAUGCCAUACAUCCAAUUUAAAUUGACAUUAAAGGGACAGUUCUCAAAUUGUAUAACUUUCUAAUUGUGCUCUUGAAUUUACAGUAAUCCAUAGUUUAUGUAGCUGGAUUCAAAAGAGGAGGAGUGCAGCUAGAACUCUUAUUUGAAACAAAAAAGCAUCACCCCCACCUCUGUUUUGGUAAAAAAGCUGAAUUGGAGAUUCAGACAGAAUUGGUGGUUAGCAUUAGCAUGCAAAUUCAAGUCCAUAUAAUGUACUUGGACUGUCCCAGUUAGAUGUUCACACUAUAAUACACAUUGGAAAUCAAGGGUUGCAUUUCCUCUCCAACUGUAGAACAUUUCCAUGGAGAAAAAAACAUUGAAUGGAUAGUGACAUUUGAUUGAGCUAUCAUUUUGUAUAUAAAUAACGUCCAUGAAACCAAAACCAUAGCUUAUAAGUACACUAUACAAAAGUAUGUGGACACCCCUUCAAAUUAGUGGAUUCGGCUAUUUCAGCCACACCCGUUGCUGACAGGUGUAUAAAAUUGAGCACACAGCCAUGCAAUCUCCAUAGACAAACAUUGGCUGUAGAAUGGCCUUACUGAAGAGCUCAGUGACUUUCAAAGUGGCACCGUCAUAGGAUGCCACCUUUCCAACAAAUCAGUUCGUCUCAUUUCUGCCCUGCUAGAGCUGCCCCGGUCAACUGUAAGUGCUGUUAUUGUGAAGUGGAAAUGUCUAGGAUCAACAACGGCUCAGCUGCGAAGUGGUAGGCCACACAAGCUCACAGAACGGAACCACUGUCCUCUGUCCUCGGUUGCAACACUACUGAGUUCCAAACUGCCUCUGGAAGCUAGGUCAGCACAAUAACUGUUUGUCGGGUGCUUCAUAAAAUGGGUUUCCAUGGCCGAGCAGCCACAUACAAGCCUAAGAUCACCAUGCACAAUGCCUAGCGUCGGCUGGAGUGGUGUAAAGCUCGCCGCCAUUGGACUCUGGAGCAUUGGAAACGCGUUCUCUGGAGUGAUGAAUCACGCUUCACCAUCUGGCAGUCCAACGGACAAAUCUGGGUUUGGCGGAUGCCAGGAGAACGCUACCUGCCCUAAUACAUAGUCCCAAAUGUAAAGUUUGGUGGAGGAGGAAUAAUGGUCUGGGGCUGUUUUUCAUGGUUCGGGCUAGGCCCCUUAGUUCCAGUGAAGGGAAAUCUUAACGCUACAGCAUACAAUGACAUUCUAGAUGAUUCUGUGCUUCCAACUUUGUGGCAACAGUUUCGGAAAGGCCCUUUUGUUUCAGCAUGACAAUGCCCCCGUGCACAAAGCGAGGUCCAUACAGAAAUGGUUUGUCGCGAUGGGUUUGGAAGAACUAGACUGGCCUACACAGAGCCCUGACCUCAACUCCAUCAAACACCUUUGAGGUGGAUUGGAAUGCCGACUGCGAGCCAGACCUAAUCACCCAACAUCAGUGCCAGACCUCACUAAUACUCUUGUGGCUGAAUGGAAGCAAGUCCUCGCAGCAAUGUUCCAACAUCUAGUGGAAAGCCUUCCCAGAAGAGUGGAGGCUGUUAUAGCAGCAAAGGGGAGAUCAACUCCAUAUUAAUGCCCAUGAAUUUGGAAUGUGAUGUUCGAUGAGCAGGUGUCCACAUACUUUUGGUCAUGUAGUGUAUCUUGAUUAGAAGUGGCAGUGAUGUUCUAGCGAAGUUAAGCUUUGAUAGUGCUUCUAAUCUGGUACCCAAGACAGAACAGCCACAACACUGGUUAAUCCUGUCCUGGUCCUGCUAGGUUCACUAACACUUCUCUGUAUGGUCUCUCUUUCUCUCUGAACAGUAUCCAUCAUAAAGACUUUCCACUACAUGGGCUUUGUGGUGGUGAAGCCCGGCAACCCUCUGGUGCCGGCUCGGACAGACCUCAUCUUCAUGGUCUACUCUCUGGAAAACAGCAGCUCCGAUGAGGAGUGAAUGAAACAUUGCAACACCGGUCCACCCUGCCACUCCCUAGCCCACCCAUGACCCCCACAGAACCCCUCCCACCAGCUGCCUUCUUCCCCGUUCCCCAUCCUCAAACUGUGUGCCCCCUCCUUAACCCCAAAGAUAAACUCUCCCACCCAAACCUCCACCUUUCUUCUCAUUGAUUGGGUUGUCUCACUUUUGUAGACUAUUAUAAGAGGGGUGUGCUGCUUGGAGAUGCUAAGAUCUCUGUGGUGAUGCAUCUUCCCCUGAUGAGCACAGCGGUGGAGCAGGGAAGGGCGGAGCUUGGACUGAGUCAUCACCCGAUUGGUUCAGAUUUGACUAAUCGCCCCACCGAUGGGCUCCACUCCAUGCCUGGCUUAACCUGCCUGCCCACGACAAUCCAACAGGGUGACCUUUUGGGUGGUUGGUGCUGGAAGAAAAAUCAUAUCUAUACUCUGACAGCUUGCACAGAAUAUCAAAGAGCCUAACUUUGGUAUUUUAAUGUACAGUAGUUUCUAUACAAAGCAGGGCUUGUUUAGUAGGGACAGCAAUGUAAUGGGUAGCAUAAGGGAAUUAUCUUAAGGGUAUAUUUGCCUGGGUAUGGUUGGGUCAACAUGAAUUAAUGAAUUGUUUUGCUUGUAUUUUUUCUAUGAUAGGGACGAGUAUAACACUGAUCUUUCCGUUACAAUUGCAUUAAUUCUAUAACAUAUAAAUAUAUAUAUUCUCAAACUGUUGGGUAUAUUAAGUCAUCAUUCCUACUUUUGCAUCACUAGCUAUGAUCUUUCAGCUUACGGUUUUCUUCUCUUAUCCGAUUCUGGUCAGCGUGAUAUUAGUCUCGCCUGAUAUUUGAAAGCUGAGCGAAGGUCGUCAUUUUGAAUGUUGGGUCAGGGCAAUCUAGUUCACUGCUCUCUGCAGCAAUGACGUGUGUUCCCCUCACCUGAGGUCGCUCAGCUACGCAAUUAGCCUGUGAAACUAACAACACCUGAAUUAUUGAGCCAGUAGAGGUACAUCGAGAAGGGUGGAAGAACAUUAAACAUUAAUGUUGCAUUCCAUUCUCACUCGGCUCAUUAGUCACAUCCUAAACAGUUGCUGGAAAAUUGCAGGGGAAAAAAUGGCUAGACUUAGCCUUCAUCAUUUUUGCUAAUACAUUGAAACGAUAAAAUAAUUUGGCUGAGAUGACUCUUCCUGGUUUCAAUCCCAGUUCAAAUUCAUAUCUUCAUAUACAGUUCAAUCAACCAGAGCCCUUUUGUACUAUUAAUACCAUCCCCAACAACACCCCUGCUCAGUUGAAACUAUUUUGAGAGGGUUGUGGUGGGGCCUUUUCCGCCUAAUAAAAGUGUUCUCUUUUACACUUCAGUCUUACUGUAGAAUGUUCUACUGUAGAACAAGUAAGUAUGUUCUUACUGUAGAAUCUUCCCACAUUCAUCCCUAGCUACCCAAAGCAACGGGGCAAAAAGGAAACCAACCCAUGAAGGGAAAUGUACGAUACAAGCACUUUAGGUAGACACGUAAAAUCGAGUGGAAGUGCAUUAGGGUCCAACAUGGAGAUGUGGCCAGCACCUUCUAUUUUGUUUUGCCGCGCAAACCUGACAAUUGCCAAAGAAAUGGUUCUCCAUUCAGCAGUAACAGUUAAAAGGUUCCCGUCAACAGUAAACCUAUAGGACACUGGUUUAAGUUUCUCUCUCACACUAACAAGAUCCCUAAAACAGUGCUAGGGUGACCUGGUUUGUUCAGGAAAGCAAUAUACAAAUACAUUCCCCUACCAAUAGCUUUUUGUCUCAGAGGAACAUGGUCAAGAGUGAUCUGUGCUUGGGAUCCUAUGUGCAGGGGGCUUUCAUUUUUGCAUGUGUGUAGAUCUUGAGUCUUCAUAGAUGGGUUAGCUGACAACGUCACGAAAACUAUACGCACGCUUCAAUGGGGCAGAAGUCUGUGAGGAGUUGUGAUUCUGAAUGGCCAGAUAGCUACCAACAAUAACAAGAAACUGCCAUGUAGGGAAUGGUAAGUGACUCGUUGUAGCUAGUUUCAUCAUGUUCUUGAUACCAUGUCUUGUUU